UAAUUCAUUGACCGCAGCUGUACUUACUUUUAGUUUAUACAUAAAUAUCAGCAUCUCUAAUGCAUAUGCAUUUAUUUUCAGUUGUUUAUCCAAUGCUCGUGGCUACGAGAAUCUCACAUAGAUUGGAUAUUUCAAGGACCAACCUGUCUAGUAUUAAUACUCAAUUUAAUAUUUCUCAUACGCAUCAUGUGGGUGCUCAUCACAAAGUUGCGCUCGGCCAAUACUCUGGAGACGCGUCAAUAUCGCAAGGCAUCAAAAGCUCUGCUUGUACUCAUACCCUUAUUCGGUAUCACGUAUCUCAUUGUUCUUUUUAGUCCUGGCGGUGAUGGAAUCACACAAAAUAUAUUUGAAAAUCUGCGUGUCAUCCUAAUUAGUACGCAGGGAUUCUUCGUGUCCUUAUUAUUUUGCUUCCUGAAUUCGGAGGUGCGACAAGCUUUACGACAUCGCUUCUUAAGAUGGCGGGACAAUCGUAAUUUAGGAAAUGGCAAUCGCAGUCGCAG